UUUCUUUAUCUGAGCUUAAACCAGUCUUGACUGUGUCUCCAUCAUGGCUGAGUUCCAAAACUUCAGUAACUCUGAGGUGUAUUGUUGAGAAUCCGUCUGAAGGACUGAGGUUCUACUGGUAUACGGCUGUUCCUGAUCUGUCACAAAAUCACUACAGAUAUGAGCUGAUGCCUGAAACAAUAAAUGGAACUUUAAACAACAACUACGUCAUUCAUGGACAAACAGACACAGCAGGAUACGCUUGUGCAGCUGGAAGAGGAAGUCCAGAUAAACUUGAUCGCAGUGAACCAAAGUUUGUCUUGUCUAAAGUUUUUCAUCCAGAAGCGUCUCUCACAGUGAAUCCUGAGAAGGAGAAACAUUUUACAGAUCAUACUGUCUCACUUAACUGUGGAGGUAGCUCAACUGAGUGGAGAGUAAUGAAAUAUACAGUAAUAAACCGUCAGUCAUACUUAUCUGACUGCUCCACUUCGUGGGAAAUGACUGGAUCAUCAUGUACCAUCAACAGCCAGCAGUUCGAUGAAUCUGUGUACUGGUGUGAGACUCAAAGAGGAGAGUUCAGCAAUGCAGUCAACAUCACUAUAUACAAGCCAAAACCUGUCCUGACUGUGUCUGCAUCAUGGCUGGGCCCUGAAGCAUCAGUUAAACUGAAGUGUCAGAUUGAAAAACUGUCUGCAGGCUGGAGGUUCUACUGGUAUAAAGCUGUUCCUGACUUAUCACUGGACACCUACAAGUAUCAACUGUUGUCUGAUAACAUCAAAGGGACUGUAGAGGACUCCUACAUCAUCCAUAGACAGACACUCACAGCAGGAUAUGCAUGUAGAGCUGUAACAGGGAACCCAGGGUAUUUCACAGAUUACAGUGAACCAAACUUUGUCUGGUCUCCAGAUUCUCAUUCAGCAGAGUCUCUUAUAGUAACUUCUGACAGAGAGCAACACUUCACCUCCGAGUCUUUGACACUGAACUGUGGUGGAAACUCUACUCAGUGGAGAGUAAAGAGGUUUACAGAAACAGGAUAUCUCACAUAUAUCAAAAAUUGCUCAAACUGGAGAGCAAUGACUGGAUCCUCAUGUACCAUCAACAGUCGUCGGUCCUAUAAAGCAGUAUACUGGUGUGAGUCUGGAUCAGGAGAGUUCAGCAAUGCAGUCAACAUCUCUGUACAGGAUGGAGAUCUUCUCCUGGUGAGCCCCGUCCAUCCUGUGACUGAAGGAGGUUCUGUUACUCUGAGCUGCAGACUUAGAGGACAUAAUACACUUUCCAAUGUGUUUUUCUAUCACAAUGACAAACUGGUAAAAAAUGACAGCAGAGGGGAGCUAAACAUCUCUGCAGUGUCUCAGUCAGACGAAGGCUUCUACAAGUGUGAACAUUCAGGAAAAGCUUCACCACAGAGCUGGAUGGCAGUAAAAUAUGCUACCCACAUGCUUGAAAAUCCGUCACUGCCAAUACCACUGAUUGUUGGAGCACUCAGUGGAAAACUGCUUAUCAUCUUUCUGCUCCUGCUGGGCCACUUCAGAGACAGAAAAGCUUCGUGAGGAGAACUAUUUUACCAACGGAACAAGGAUGUCUUAAAUAGAACAAUGAAAGCAAUGAAUCGAAAGUGGCCAGUACUAUGACCGACAUGUUUAGUUAAUUUUUAAUUGCCAUUUUAUUUUGUUGUUUUACCCAAAUUAGAUAUUGUUUCUCAUUUCAUCAAAGUUCUCCACUGUUGUCUUGGUGGAUCCGCAGCUUAAUCGAUUAUUUUAUUUCUGUCCUUUCCAACUUUGUAAGCAAUGCAUUUUGUAAUCUUUAGCUAAAACCAUGGUAGAUAUGUGUACUUUUCUAUGUUAAGAUUUUUAAUUUACUAAGAAAAUUUUGGGAAAUUUUUGCAACCAAAUGUUAAUAAAUAAAUUAUGUUUUUAAAUUACUUUAUUUAGUAUCGAUGCACUGUAAAGCUGUUCUGCAGAGUGUAACUAUCAACUCUUGGAUGGAAGUAAAACUGAGGGAUCAGAAAUAAUUUGUGAAAUUCAGAGAGACCAGCAAAAAAAAAAAUUCUGUGUCUAUGUUACAGUAAUUUUAUUUUGCCAUUUAACUUCUGAGAAGGAUUAGAAACUAUAUGGUGUUUGAAUGGGAAACAAUAGCAUUAACCAAUCCUAACCCAAACAUUUUCUUUUGUAGAAUUCCUUUCAGUUAGAUAUAGAACAGACAUAAAGGUUUUUCAUAUGUUGCAUCUCCAAAGCUCUGGAACGACCUGCCUCAGCACAUCAGAUAGACCUCUUCUCAGAUUUUUAAAUCUCUUAUCAAAACCCACCUUUUCUCCUUGGGUUUUAACACCUAGCAAGACAGUUGGUUUGAUAUAUUUUUUAUUGCUUUUAUCUUUUACUCAAUGUUAUUGAUUUGGUUGUGUGAAUGUUACUUUUACCCAUGUUUGAUCGUAACAGUUUUAGCUGUUUUGUUUUUUAUCUGUAAUG